UUGAGGAAGGUUGAACCCCUAGCUGGAGACAGACACCACUCCUUUCAGUUGAGGCAGGUUGAACUCCUAGCUGGAGACAGACACCACUCCUUUCAGUUGAGGAAGGUUGAACCCCUAGCUGGAGACAGACACCACUCCUUUCAGUUGAGGAAGGUUGAACUCCUAGUUGGAGACAGACACCACUCCUUUCAGUUGAGGAAGGUUGAACUCCUAGUUGGAGACAGACACCACUCCUUUCAGUUGAGGAAGGUUGAACUCCUAGCUGGAGACAGACACCACUCCUUUCAGUUGAGGAAGGUUGAACUCCUAGCUGGAGACAGACACCACUCCUUUCAGUUGAGGAAGGUUGAACUCCUAGUUGGAGACAGACACCACUCCUUUCAGUUGAGGAAGGUUGAACUCCUAGCUGGAGACAGACACCACUCCUUUCAGUUGAGGAAGGUUGAACUCCUAGCUAGAGACAGACACCACUCCUUUCAGUUGAGGCAGGUUGAACUCCUAGCUGGAGACAGACACCACUCCUUUCGGUUGAGGCAGGUUGAACUCCUAGCUGGAGACAGACACCACUCCUUUCAGUUGAGGAAGGUUGAACUCCUAGCUAGAGACAGACACCACUCCUUUCAGUUGAGGCAGGUUGAACUCCUAGCUGGAGACAGACACCACUCCUUUCAGUUGAGGCAGGUUGAACUCCUAGCUGGAGACAGACACCACUCCUUUCAGUUGAGGAAGGUUGAACUCCUAGCUGGAGACAGACACCACUCCUUUCAGUUGAGGCAGGUUGAACUCCUAGCUGGAGACAGACACCACUCCUUUCAGUUGAGGAAGGUUGAACUCCUAGCUGGAGACAGACACCACUCCUUUCAGUUGAGGAAGGUUGAACUCCUAGCUGGAGACGGACACCCCUCCCUUCUUUCCCUGUUCCAGUCGUGUCUGUCUAUAAAACAGUUUAUAGCAGUAAUAAAGAGGAAGGUAUCGAUCGUCUCGUCUAAUCGUUUACGGACACACAUACCCACACACCUAGAGCGUGUCAGCUCUUUAAGAUAAGGUCUUUAAGAUAAAUUCCUGUAUGGCGCUAUACAGAUAGAGAAGGUCACCAUUUGACCUUUGGGUAAAUAUUAGCAUUUGAGUGUUAAGAUAGAUAGACAGCAUUAUACUACAGGGAUGUGUUUAGUAGGGCACACCGUAGCAAAACGUUUUGCAACAGAACAUGAAAAUGCUACCUGGUCAUGUUCAUUAGGACAUGUGCAUACAGAAAAUGAAUGUGGGUUUCUAAAGACUACAUUACCCAUCCCCCAACACUGUCAACCAAGAGUCAAGACUACAUUACCCAUCCCCCAACACUGUCAACCAAGAGUCAAGACUACAUUACCCAUCCCCAACACUGUCAACCAAGAGUCAAGACUACAUUACCCGUCCACCAACACUGUCAACCAAGAGUCAAGACUACAUUACACAGUACCCAU